AUGCUAGAUUAUAAAACUUCCGCGACUGGGAUCUGUGUGGAUCUGUCAGAUUCACCCAGUCCGGACUGCAUCAAACCAACUGGUUACACCAACGUUGCUACAAUUUCCGAUUCUCCACACAACGACCACAUGGUAGGAAACGCCCAGACCAACUUUUUGAGCUGCACUGGAGGAGAAGAUUAUCUUGAGGGGGGGGAAGCUACUGACAAUUAUGUUGUCAAGAAAACAUGUCAUAAAGCAACAAUUAACAAUUUUGAUAGUCGCCAAAAAAUUGAUGUAGUGUACUUGGAGGAAACGUUUGUGAACCUAAAACUGAAGAAGGACGGCAAAGAUUUGAAGGUUAUUUCAAGUCAUGGGACACCAACUGUAGUAUUUUCUAACUGGUUCGAGUCUCCUGACAACCAGCAUCUUGGAAUAAGAACUAUUGAUGGAAUAACACUUCGAAUAAACAGUAACACGGUGAAACUGGAGCCAUAUGAAGUGUCUAAGGAUCCCAAUGAGUGUCGAUGUACGCACGUAGGCUGCAACGCGGUGGUAAAUUACGAUCUUAACAGUCAUCCUUGGCACAACGUGCUCCGUUUUGUAUUGAAGUCAAGUCACUGCAGUUACAAAAUUUAUGGGAAUAAAUUUAACAAUUACCUCGACCCUGGAGCAGGCAAUGGCUUUAAUUACCAGCAUUUAGAGGGUAGAAAUGGAUCCGAUACUUACGUGUUAAACCACGGGUAUGGGGAGUUUAAUGAAAUCAACAACUAUGCGGAUGACAGCAAGACAGAUACUCUUCGACUUGGCUUGGAAUUUGAUGACAUUUGUGUGUAUUUUCAUGGCCGAAAUGAUGUAAUCCUUGCAUCAAGUUCGCGACCAGACUCACUCAGUGUUCUUAUCCUAAACUACUUCCUUGGUGCGAAGUAUCAGCAUCUUCAGGUAACAUCCGUGGACAAGGUGGUCUUUAAUAUCAGCAAACAAUACCCGUACAAAAAGGUCAUCGCCGUUGAUCGCCGAAUCAUUGACUCGCCUCAAAAUAUUGAUCCCCAAAGGAACAGUGUAAUCGCAUCAGCCCUAGAUUUAAAGGGAUCGCUUACCUCUGCCAACAAUAUGACAGGCACCGACACAACAAGAGAGAUGGAGGGUGGUGCUGAGGCCGACAUUCUACGAGGAGGACAAGAAGGAACCGUUUUUGAUGGAAAACAUGGUAACGACACGAUUUAUGGCGGCGCUGGAAAUGAUAUAGUUUUCUGCGGGUAUGGCCAUGACGUAGUCUAUGGAGGAGCAGGAGAUGAUUACGUUUAUGGAGGAGAGGGAUCAGACAUCAUUCGUGGAGGAAAUGGUAGUGAUACACUUUCUUUUAAGGGAGAUGGUUUCCUGCACAAGGGAGUCACUGUUGAUUUAAACAUCGGGUUUGGAAAAGGGGCAGACGCAGAGGGCGAUAUAUAUGAGAGCAUAGAAAACGUAUACGGAACAAUACACAACGAUGUUCUUAUUGGAUCUGACUCCGGAAACGAAUUGUAUGGUCUAGAAGGAGACGAUACACUGUCCCCUCAUGGUGGCAAUGAUAAACUUGUUGGCGGUGAAGGAAAAGACUUGUAUUUACUCUAUAAUGCGUGGGGUUUAAAAAUAAUUGAUAACUUUGCAAAUGAUCAGACUGAAGACACACUCUCUCUGGCUCAUUUGAACUCCGCUGACGCUUGUGUUUUCUUACUUGGUGACGACUUAUACAUACAAAUCGAUAAAUCCACAUUGGCCUCUGUUCUUUUUCAUGGAAGACGUUUAACGGUUAUAAUAAAGAAUUGGAACGUGAGUGCAAAGUACAGUCACCUUAAAGUUUUGUUUAAUGACACUUUAUGGGAAGGCUACGCUUUAUCGGGCAUCUCUCCAGUUUUGGACAAAUUAGAAAAUAAUGUUUACUUCAUCGAAACAAGAACGAACUUGGAGCUUGUCUCUGCAAACCAGACUAGCGUGACUUUGUCUUGGAAUCAACCAAGCGGUCUUUCAACAAGUUCGGAAAGUGAGUUGUACCUUGUACACUUUAAACAAUUAGAACCCACAAGUUUAAAAAAGACACAACUACAGAGUCGGGCAUCAAUUACAGUUUCGUAUCUUGAUCCAACUUCCCAUUACGUCUUCGCCGUAGCAUUAUCAAAAUGUAAUGCAACAAUUGCUGUGUCACAUACGCUUAUAACCUAUGGGCGUGAAAGAUAUUGUUCCUUGAUUCAAGUACCGCACUCGACUGUUAAUUAUACAGAAAGUGAAAAUGUUGCUAACGGUGUAAGAGUUCAAGUAGGAUUAAAGCAAGCUCAUGGGACAAUUGCCAGCCUAAAAUGUUAUACUGGAUAUACCAUUCGCAAUCACCAAACCGAGCAAACUACGACAUGCUUGGACCAAGAAUGGGUACCCUCCCUUGCAGUUUGUAAGAAAAUUAAAAGGUGUCCUGUUAUCGCUCAGCCGUCAAACGGGGAGGUCUCUAUCAAAGGACAAGUUGAAGGAUCAAAAGCGCAUUAUGUGUGUCACAAAGGAUUCUUUCUCAAAGGACCCCAGGUACGAACCUGUGUAACUGAAUCCUGGGAUGGGACAGUUCCCAGUUGUCAUCCGCUACGUUGCCCGAGUCCACCACCGAUUGAUAAUGGAUCAUAUCUUCGAUGUGAUUACAUAAAGUAUACAAAGACAUAUGGCACAAUGAAUGAUCCCCUUGCAGGAUACUGUGUUAAGCUUAAAUGUAGCAAUUCCUUUCUUCCAAGUCAUAUAUUUUAUGGGAAGUCGUAUCGACCUCGAUGGGAAAGUGACUGGAAGAUACCUCAAGGUGGACGAGUGUGUAGUGAUGGAAAGUGGAUUGGUUAUGUGGACGACACUUGCGAACCCAUUGCUAGACUUGUUUACGUGGGGGAACGCUGGAGUACAAUAAGUGGCUUCCUUCAACUUUGGCAAAAUGGUAGGUGGACCUUCGCUUCAUCCACUCCGACACAACACACCCUCAUCCUUUCCUGCAGGAGUGUGGGAAUAGAGUCUCCUUCCUAUGUAAAACAUGGUUCAAUGAGUUCCAAAAUAUUCGUAACAUGCUCCAAGCUACGCUUUACUCAGCCGAAGCCAACUGUUUACGAAGGAAGGAUUGAAAUGUUAAAUCAAGGCGUCUGGGAAGGAUUAUGCGUCACGGAAAGAGGUACACAAGUUGGAAGCAAGCCGAUUUGUGAAGCACUUGGAUUCAACUUCAGAUCUGCAGUUGUGAGCAUCAGUACUGGCUGGACAGACCACUGGCUUGAUUGUAAAAAACAAUCGUAAGUAUAUAUUUUGGAAGAAGAAUAAUUCUAAUACCAGAAAGCUCAGAAAAAAUUCGGAGCACGAGGCUUCUAAUUCUAGUUCUGGCACAGGGAACCCGAACGCUGUAUUAGCUAAUAGCUAAUAAAAUAAUAAGAUGUAUUUACCUGUCUUCCUGUGUCUUUAUGAGUCGUUUUAGAAGGGAUUUGAAUCCGAUCAUUGACGGUUAACAUUGCUGGUUAUCAAAAUGCGUUUGCUUGUCUGGCGUGUCGUAAAUAAGACGCUGAAAUUUCGUAUCACGUUUCUAAUAUUGUCAUGUUAACUAUUAACUCUCGAUCUCCUUGGGAGAUGAUCUUGGGUUUUAAUUUAAAGGUCACGGGAAGAGAAAAGAGAGAGAGAGUCUCUUUUCUCUUCUCAUGGCCGUUAGAGGAUUGUUAACAAUAUUAGAAACGGCCUGAGACCAAAUUUGAGCGUCUUGUUUACGACACGCCGGACAAACAAACGUAUUUUGAUAACAGGUAAAUACAUCCUAUUAUUUUAUAAGCUAAUAAUACAGCGUAAAAUACAUUUAAUUAUUCUAUUAGCUAAUACAGCGUUCGGUUUUCCUUGUGGUUCUGGCGCUAUAACUACUGAGCUACUGGAGGCACAAUGGUGAAACUGUAUCGGGAACUUGCUCGAUUAUGUUCGAUUAUGAGCAUUAAUGACGAAAGAGAAUUAUAUCACCAAUAGCUAAUAACAAUUCCACUGUCAGCCGCUAGUCCUCUUCAUGCGACAAGGUUCGAUAGAAAUUAAUGCAGUUCUAUUGGGUCUGGCUACUUUUCAUAUGGUUUGUCUAUUAGGCCUUCCAGAGGCCUACUUAUUUUAAGCUCGUUUGACGGGGGAGGUGAAAAGAUAGGGAGUGGCUUAAUAUUAAUGAGCGAAGAUAAUGGUAUCAGUGCUCCAUAAAGAACAAGAAAGCAAAGUAGAAAAGAUUAAAUACAUAAGAGUGGUGAAGGUUAUGCAGCAGCAAAUAAAAGCAAUUCCGAGCUUUUAGCAAGAGAAUGAACCAUACCAGAGCAAGUCGCAUAUUAAAGGAUUUUUAAUUACGUUGAUAAAGAAUCAUAAUCAGGAAGGGGACGGGUUUUCUUAAAAAGAAAGGGAUCGGAGUAUUAAAUUUCUUUCCCUAAAAAGGGAUGCUUCUGAGAGAAGACAGGUGCUUAUUUGAGAGGGGGAGGGGAGUGUAAAAGAGGAUUUGCGAUACUUUGCUGUCUGACAUAUUAAUGUUUCUUGGCGCAGUUACUGAGAUCCCAAAAUGCUAUGCUUCCUAAAAAGAUAUAAAACCCUGUGAUGAAGAAUGUGCUAAUUACGUUUGUGAAUACAUAUUUCCUUUAGAUCUGGUGCCCCCUUUUCAGGAUGGCUGUUCGGAAAAAUGUAAGUCAUUCGUUUUAUUGUAUGGCUACAAUACAUAGUACGCACUGGUUGGCUGCUAAUUAAACGGACAUUAUUUUCUUGUAAUGAACAGGCAUUACUAGCUAGGUGUCCAAGGCAUAUACAAUCUGUUUUAACGUAAUAGUGGACAUCCUUUCCAUCAAUUAACCAUGUUAUAGUCAAUUGGGUAGGUACUUUAAACAUAGCAACACAUGGUCCAUAGAGUGUUUUCACAUGACGUAACUGCGGCCAUAUUGGUGUCCCAAAACAAUGAAACGGCCGCCAUGUUGGUUUCCCGAACAAAUCCUCUGGGAGUUGAACUCUUUUCUUAUACAAACGCUUUCUUUUGUUUCAAUAAAUUUGCAUAGAUGCUGUCCACGUGAGUGAAAACACUCUAUACAUGGCUACAUAUGGUAACACAAAUCACUAUACGGCAAUAUGCUGUUACUGCUUUUACACAAUUUUGAUACAAUUUAAUAACCCUACUUAAACUACCUACCCAAAAUUGACAGCUUUCAAAAUGUUAUCCGCUGACAAGUGCCACAUAACUGUAUCGCGGGCUAAAGUGUAAAACUCAUGCCCUGCCCAGUUAUUGGUUUUUUAUGGAUCACAGGCUCAGGUCGAUAAUGAAAAUGCCAUAUCAUCUGUCAACUGUAAAUCUCACUCUCGGUUAAUGAGUAAUAUGUGUGCCGUUCUAUUUUAUAUUUAUCAUCUUCAGUAUGAUGCAAUCUUAACUGUUUUGUCUGAGAGCAGACCGCGAAUUACUGUAAAAUAAGCAAACGCUUUAAAAUAUACAGCUUGAGUAGUAAAGUAUACAUUUUAAUUGCCACAGUUUAAGCGCAGACGUUUCAUUUGUCGAUUGUUAUUGCAACAAACCGGUUGCUAAUUAGUGAUAAGUGGAAAUCUCGACUUAUUCCAGUUUAAACUGUUCAGGUAAGAUCAAUGUAAAUGUUAAAACACUAUUCUUUUCUAUUCAUUUUUUUUUUUCAGACAAAACGUGGGAUACAACCGAGAGAGGUAAAGCUCUAAAAAAAAUUUUUUUUUCAUUCGGGCAUAUAAAUAGAUUUAGACCCUCUUGUUGCAAAGAGAGAAGUUGUAUUUGUGCUUGGGGUCUAAGCUAGAACUAGCAGUUCGCCUUAAAUGAAAAGCAAUUAACGCAAAACUCUUAAAAUGUGGUUAAAACUGUGGAUAGUUAUUCGCCAUCUGUUGCGGAGGUAAUGUACACAAGGAGAAUGUAAAAAAAAAAAAGGAAAAAAAGAAAAAAAAAACAGCAGGUUAAAAAAGCAAAACAGCAACUUGCACUUGUAAUACAAUUUUUUGUAUAAAUUCCUUUGCCAUUCCUUCACGACCACAAGUUGAAAUUGCCUAAAGCCCAUUUAUAGUUACAGGUCAAACGAGGCUGUGGUUGACCUUGUUUUGAUACAGCCCUUUCAUCUAUAUCAUGUAAAUCACGCGAUGUUCUUAUGCUAAUUAGCUUUAUUGUUGAUAUCAUUUCCAUUAGAAAAGAGGGUUUUUGACAAAGGUCAACCUCAGCCUCACGUUAACUUAGGGGGCUAGGGCACCAAGCCCACAACCUUGGACCUAAACAAGCGAAGGCGAAUUUUUCUUGCUCUUUCUGAACUUGGAACUGGUUCUUGAUGUGGCUCGAUAGGGUUUUUCAGCGUCAAUACCUCCCAGGUCAGAGCAUAAACUACGUCGCCAUUACCAAAGAUCUGGAAAAAUUAUCACAACAGCUGUUUUAUAGCUUAUCGUGUAAAGUUGAAAAAUUGUUAUGAUCAGGAUUACAAUGAAAUCAGAGCUGUCAUAGCAACGAAAUGGCGCGAUUACCUUAUUACUUGCAGUUGUAUUUCUUGGCACUACGCGUGCGAUAAACGCGGAUGGGAAGUGUGAUUAUGAAAAUCACCAAUAAUAACAAACUGUGUUGACUGUUUGUCGUUUUUUUCUUUUUAAACAUGAAGAUGUUAUUUGAAGAGAAAAAGACAGCAUUGUAGUACAAUGGUACGAUGCAGACAGAGAUGUACUGACAGUUACCCAGUUCCUCAUGGAUAUACCACAUGUUCGGAAACUAGUUAUGAAGAUGACACAUGCGCAGUUCAUUGUCACAACGAUUACAAACUUAAAGGAGACUCUAAAGUCUACUGUCACGGAGGAGUCUGGACAAAGCAAAGCGGAAAACCCGCCUCAUCUCACUGCGAAGAUAUAGGUGCGUAUCAGUUUAUUUUCCCCUAGCAUUGCCAUUCAUAUAAACAAAGUUUUUUGCAUUCAAAAUAUCUUUAAAGGCCGUAACGCUAUUUCUCAUCCUUUUACUGUCCUUUGAAAUUGCACGCGAGCUCUUAAAUUUAAAAUCCAACUUCACUGGGUUUUUCACUACUGUCAAUAGGGACUUUAAGAUCCAAAGACGCUGACGACAGCGAGAACGUCAAAAAACAAGUGGUUUAAUUAGCAAAACAACAACUUCGCGCGUGCAUCACACUUUUUCGUACAUUUCUUUCCCGUUUUUGCACGACCAGGACAUGAAAAUGCCUAAUUUCGCGUUUUAUGGAGGACGUAAAUUACCAACGACGAAAUUUUAUUUCUCCUUCUGAGCUUGAAUUUGGUCCCUUGAAAUUCAGCUUCAGGAGGGUUCGCCCACAAUUGACGAAGUAAGUGGGUAGGAAUAAUCGCUAUGAAGAAUGAAAGAAAGCAAUAGGCACACAACUUUUAGUUAUUUUGUAAAGGAGAAGUCCAAACAAAACAAAUCCUGUCUCAUCCUACUGCGUUGAAAGUAUAGAAAAAAAUUAGAGAAAAAGAGAGGGAAGUGAAGAAAGCAUCUUUUGAAAAUAAUUUGCAGAAAAGUCACGUUCACUAAUUCGUAUAAAUCAUCAAUAAAAAACGUGAAUCAAUUCUAGGCAUGCAACCUUUUUUUGUUGGCAUGUCUUUAUACCCAUUUAGAGCUAUUUAGAACAUUAAAAAAGUUGUAAUUUAUUAAACUAGGCUAACCAGAAUAUAAGAAUAAUGAAUGUGUGGUAACGUUACAACGGUAUUACAGAGCUAAAUCAGUCUGGAGCUAAAUGUUAACGUAGAAUCGGGAGAAGAGUAGAUCACAACUCCAAUUAUAGUAUGCCUCUUUCUUAAAAGUUAAAAGGGGGUGUUUAUAGAUGUCCUACAUUACAGAGGGAAGCACAACUGAAGCACUGCUCUACGGAAGGUUUGGCUUUUACAUCUCCAUAUUGAUGAUGAUAUCAUAUCGAUAUCAAUCCUAUUGCUUUCAAUUUGAUUUCAGACACUUUGUUCAGGAACGACCUUCAGAGGCUUGUUCGGGAAAACAGCAAAAUGAGUCACCGUGACUUGGCAAUAUUCUUGAGGAAUUACUUGGACAGAAAUUAUCCUAAACAAUAUUGGGUGGUUACAGUAUAUGACCCGGUUAAGGGCUUUGAUAAACACACUUUUGCAGAUGGCGAUCGUGUUGGCAGCAAAUUAAGAUAUUAUGGGGUAAACUAUGUUGUUUUCCGAUAUCCCAAAUAUGCCUCUCGCUCUCCCAGAGUGCCAAUCUCCCGUGUCAUAGGGUCGGUAACUGGAAGUGACGCUAAAACUGUUUGGUCAAGUAUCGACAAAAAGUUUGCAGCAAAUUUGCAAAGGUACGCCUUUCUCCACGUAAUAAGGAAAAUUAAGCAGUACCUUAAGUAUUAUGGUUACGGGAACUGGAAACCGAUCGUUUUGACAAAUUAUUACACUACAAAAUCUGAAUCAUUUCCAUCACAAAAUUAUUUUCAUAAAGAGUUUCCAAAUGUUAUAGUCAUUGCCGUUGCUCCUGGAAAUUAUAUUUGA